CGAUCCAGUCCCAAGCGGUCAACAUGGAUGGCGUUCGCCCUUCAGGAGAAUUUUGAAAUCACCUUUUGGACGCGCGAUAGCCUCCCCCUUGGUCAGCACCACUGCGCUGAGCAGACUAAGUCUUAUUUCUUGAAUGAGAGCAAGGAAGGAUUGGUAAGAAAACAACGGCUGAUGGGCAUGUGGGAUUGAAGGCCCUGUUCCAGCUUUCAGGAAUUUGUGAGGGUCGCCGAAGGAGCGAAGGAGGAACUGCACGAGGACAAAGAGAGUUGCCUAGCGAUGCUGCUGGAGUUGCACAACCAGGGCCAGGACCGCUGUGUCCUCGCCUGCACUGAGUGCAAGCAGCGGGUGAAGACAGGCUGGCACUGCCCCGGGUGCGAGGACUACGACCUUUGCAUCAACUGCUACAACACCAAGGGCCACACCCACAGGAUGGUGAAGGUGGGGCUGGGCCUGGAUGAAGAGGCAGUGGAGGGCGAUGAGGGCGGCAACCAGGGGGAGAUGCAGUUCAGGAGAAUCCAGGAGGCUCGGCGCCUCAGCUUCCUGCGCUGCAUCCAGACCCUGAGGCAUACCCGCCAGUGCCGCGACGCCAGCUGCUCUCGGACCAACUGCCAGAGGAUGAAGCGUGUUGUGCUGCACCCCAAGCGCUGCCAGCGUAAGGUCAAUGGAGGCUGCCCAGUGUGCAAGCAGCUAUUCGCCGUUUGCUGUUACCAUGCCAAACGCUGCCAAGAAAACCCAUGCCCCGUUCCCUUAUGCCUCAGCAUCAAACAGAAGCUCCUCGAGCAGCUGCUCUGGCUCCGCCAGCAGCGGAUUUGGAACCGCCUGCCGCAGGGGUAGCUCCUGCGCCAGCGG